CCGACCCGAUAUCGAUCUCCUGAUCAACUUCAAUUCAUCAGAAAUUAGGGAUAUCAAUUUCCCCAAUUCAUUGUCUGUUGUUCCAGAGAUCUAAAGCAAUCAAGCUAUGGGAGGCCAUGGAGGUUUGAACAUUCUCCCACAGAAGCGAUGGAACGUGUACAACUUCGAUAACCGUGAGAAAGUAAAGCGAGACGAGGAAGCCGCGGCUAAAGAGGAACAGCUCAAGCAGGAACAAUCUCGCAAGCGCGAUUCCGAAUAUCGGCUCGAGCAGCUCCGUCAAGCCCGUGGCUUAUCAUCAGCAGCAGCGCCGUCGUCUUCAUCGUCAAGUCGAGUCAAAAAAUCGUCAUCCGAACAGAAAUCGCCGGAGGAGAAACCGGGAAAGAAGGAUUCUAACCACAUCAACUUGUUCGAAGGGAUUCGAAUCUUCGAUCCAGUUAAAGCAAAAGAUNCUAUAAAAAGCAAUCAAGCUAUGGGAGGCCAUGGAGGUUUGAACAUUCUCCCACAGAAGCGAUGGAACGUGUACAACUUCGAUAACCGUGAGAAAGUAAAGCGAGACGAGGAAGCCGCGGCUAAAGAGGAACAGUUCAAGCAGGAACAAUCUCGUAAGCGCGAUUCUGAGUAUCGACUCGAGCAGCUCCGUCAAGCCCGUGGCUUAUCAUCAGCAGCAGCGCCGUCGUCUUCAUCGUCAAGUCACGUCAAAAAAUUGUCGUCAGAACAGAAAUCGCCGGAGGAGAAACCGGGAAAGAAGGAUUCUAACCACAUCAACUUGUUCGAAGGGAUUCGAAUCUUCGAUCCAGUUAAAGCAAAAGAUGAGGAGAAAGACGGAAGGGAUAAGAAGAGAGCGAAGAAAGAGCAACCACCGAGAGUUAUUACUCCGGAGGAUGAGAAGUAUAGGUUAGGGUAUGGAAUUGUUGGUAAAGGAACGAAAUUGCCUUGGUAUUUGGAGAAACCGAAAGAGGAUUCUAGUGAAAAGAGUGACGAAGAUAAUGAUUAUUCAAGGCCUGUGAAAAAGAGUAAUGGGAAAAAGACGGUGGAGGAAUUGCGACAAGAGAGGUUGGAGAGGGAGAGGAAGGAAAAGGGAAGAGAAAGAGCUUUGUUAAUGGAGAAGAAUCGAAAAGAUGGAGGAUUCUCACGACGAAGAUGAGGGCAAAGAACACAAAGAAAGUGGAUCUGUGUACCUAGAAUUGUUUACUGAGAGCUCUCCAGGAAAAAGCAUGGCUGGAUGCAGUUCCAUUCUUGAAUAUGUCUAUUUUCAUUUCACCGGAACAAUGUGCGAAAAGUUCCAUGCUCUCAUUGUAUCUACUUUAGUUUGGCAAGCGCAUCGGAGAGUCCAUAUCUUACAGAGAGCAAAUUGUAUGCUCGAGGGAACUGUUCAGUUUGAAGGGCCUGAUUGACCUGGGAGUGGAUUAUGGAAUUCUUGCUUAGCCUGGGUUUAUACUUUCUGAAAAAGAAUAAGUCAAAAACCAAUACCCCUGGGAAGCCGAUCCCAAAAAUGUUUCUGAGCAGCAAAAUGUUCUGCUUUCUUCCCUUGUGUACAUGCCAUAGAAGUUAUGAAGUGAAAAGUUGAAUUUCCUUGUUAUAGUAGGUAGUGCUCCUGUAUUGUUAGCUGUAAGUUGCUGAAGAUAUUUGUGCUUUAGAGAAUAAAUUAGGACAGUCAUAGGCCACAGAAGACUCUCAAAGAUAAUCAGCUUUUCGAAAUCUUUAUCCAAAAGAAGUCUUGAAUUUGUUAAUUUGGAUCUUUGAUUUGGCUGGGUUUUGUUUCUUUGCAUUUUUGUAUGUUCAUGUCAUCUGUUUCACUUGAAGAUAAUUCCCUUUAAAAAAUUGAAAAUUU